GUUUCGUUCCUUUUCUUGCGGGGGUGGGGCGACAAUAAGUUGUCGGCAUGAAGAUGUGCGGCAGGGAAUAGGGGGGGUGGGAAAGGGGAAGGGACCGUUAAAUGGCAAAUUGUGUUGUGGGUAUGGAAGUGGACAGGAGGAUGGAUCAACAUUGAGCACCAAUACCACACCUUACCGGAACAAGGUUUGUCGAUAGACGAGUGGGGGCUUCCAGAGCACCUUUGCCAGAAAGCGUUGUGCCGGUCGCGGAGAGGGAGGGGGGGGUGAGGUGGUCAUGGGGUAUCACUCGGGCCAUACAUUGAGUUUCUUUUCUCGAAUUCAAAUGCAUUCCCAUCAGGGCCAAAUUUGCAUUCCGGCUUGCGGAAAGGGAUACGGUGGAGUUCGCUCCGUGCUCCCUCGGGCCGCGGAGAUUGUUCGAGUCCCGGGGAUGGAGUAUGUACGGGGUAUGAUACUGGCACAGUAACUCGUUGGUUUGCGCUUUUUUGCGGUGUCGAUACAGUACCCAUUCGUCCGUGUUUUGGGGUGAGGGGGAUACUUGGCACUUCUGCUUUUACUAUGGGCGUUACUUUUUUGAUGGUUAGGUAUCGGGGUAUCGUAACUGGCAUUUGUUGUUGCGGUAGGUGUUAGAUGAGUCGUUAUUCAAGUCCUCGGCAGUCGACACUUGAUCGGUUUUAUCACUCUGCAUCAUUGGUAUCAUAUUUGCUGUUGUUCUCGGCUUACCAUCUUGGAUUUACCCGCUUCUUCGCGCCUUCCCGCGAAGGUGUUGGAAUGGCGUUAUCUCUGUCCCGGGGAUUGGCGACAAGGGGAUUUCUCAAGAUUUUUCAUGAGAAUACAUUUCUUUUUCCGUUUACGACAGCUUACAUUUCCUCCUCCCCGAUAAUUUGAUAUAUUUUACAUUUACCGGAGAGGAAAAAAAGAAAGAAAAAAAAGAAAA